GUUGCGGUUGCGUGUGUGUUGAUGCCAUGGUUGCGUGUCAGUGCUCCGCGAACCCGGAGGAUUGGGUCGCUCGGAAGGAGAGGAAGGAACGAUUGUCUUCUGCUGCUGCUGCAAGAAAAUAUUUUCUCCAGCCUCAGGUUCAGUAGUGGUUCGAAUACGAAGGUGUUGAAAUACCGAACGACGCUGUGCACGCGGAGCGCUACGUUUUGUGCAUUUUUGCGUACUGCAUCUGCACUGGACCGCGGUGUUGGUGGCUCGGAAAAAGGCUAGGCGUUGUUGUUUGCCAAUACAACUCGUGGCCAAUAAGUGUUUUACAGUGAAAUAGUGCCACAACAAAAUUCAACACAACGAGAUCAACCCUUUGUCGGGGUGUUGCAGGGGUUGGAAAGAACAACACGGUUGAUGCUGCUGAUGGUGCUGCUGCUCAAGGAUGAGUUGAGAUCGGCGGCUAACCGAUCGUUCGGAGCUUUAGUUCAACGACAAAGCAAUGCAAAUUGAUGUGCAAAGUGAAGUGUCUUUGUGUGUUUGUGUGCUUGUUGUGCUCGCGUGCGUUUAGCGCAAAUUAGUGAAAUAGAAUCGCCAGCAGUGAACCCAACCAGUGAAGCCAAGCCGUCGUCUUCGUCGUCGUCUAGCGAGUCGAGGCAAACGUGCAUAGAAAGGGGCCGCGAUUCCGCAGCAGCAUCCGGGAAGAGUGUGCGUGCGUGUUGGUGUUUGAAGUGCCCUCGAGAUAUGCCCACCAGAUUGCCACUAGUGCACGAUCGACGAUCACGAUCGGUCCAGGGCGGGGAAAGUCGAGGUACGAUUUGAAACGAAACGGCUCAAAAUGACCAGUGUCAGUUGGGAUGGUAUUGUGCGUACCUCCUGCCCGUGUGUGUGAGUGCUUUUUUUUUGCUUAAAAUGUUGCCAUUGUGAAGAGAGUGCUAGUGAAGUGCAAGUGGCCCUGAUAGUGUUCGCGAAAGUGGGAAUCAACGGCCCACCAAAUGCCUAGCUGUGGUUGUGCGAUUGUGCAAGGAAAGCUAGAAUGAAAAAAGAAGUGAUCAAUUGGUGUGAAUGAUAACGCAUCUCCCGCACGGCGAAAUCCUGUAAGCGAUACAAGCAAAGAAAAAAAAAGUGGCCGACGCAAACGAAAAUUGUGUUACGAGAUAUUCCUGCACACAAAUUCUGAAAAGUGUGGUUUGGCGUGAAGAAGAAUUUGUGCACCAGAAAGAAACCACAGCAGAUUCAUCAAGAAAAGGUUGAUAAUUGUACGCAAGAUAGAGAGUGGCAUCCGUCCCGGACAAUGGACCAGCGGGGUGGUCGUAGUACAGUGUACCGUAGUGACUGCGUGCAACAGGAGCUUCGGUGAUGAUUUUCUUCGUGAAAUAUCACACCUCCCAAGACUACCGACAGGUGACAGGUGCAGGAGCUGCACCUGCAGCAGGACUCCGCAGGGACAGUAGAGCUGCGGAGGUGCGGUAACCCACCGCCUCUUGCUGAACCCAACAGUGAAACAAACCUGUACAGUGCAGUGCAUACAAACACACGCACACUCACAAACACACUGACACACGCAAACAACACACAUACACAACAUCCAUUCGGCCAAGGCAUGGCGGAAUGCAACAGUAGGCACGGCUACAGUAGCUGCAGUAAUCGACACAGAAAGAUGUCCUUGCUGUGGCUAUUACUGAUGAUAUGUGCCUUCAGUGGGGACAGUGGUGGAGGAGGAGGGCCGGGCAGCUUCAUACGGCUGGCCACGGCCGAACAUGUGCGAGAACUGGAAGUGUCGGAGGGUGUGCCGAUUGGGCAUCAGAUCGGGUUCAUAGGCGAGUUUGUGCACGACGACAGCGGCGACAGUGGGCCACCGUACUUGAUCGUGCCGGUACCGGGCAGUGCGGUCGACACGGACCUGGCCAUCGACCACACGACGGGUGAGAUCCGGACGAAGGUAGCGCUGGAUCGGGAAAACCGGUCGUCCUACUCGCUCGUGGCGAUUCCGCUGAGUGGCGAGAAUGUUCGCGUGGUGGUGCGAGUUCUGGACGAGAAUGAUAACGCACCCACCUUCCCAACGCCGAUCAUGAGCAUCGAGUUCCCGGAGAACACUCCCAGAGAUGUGAAGCGCACGCUCAACCCAGCGCGGGACGCUGACCUCGGGCGCUACAAUACGCAGCGUUACAGCAUCGUGUCAGGAAACGUAAACAACGCGUUCCGAUUAUCUUCCCACCGGGAACGGGACGGAGUGCUCUAUCUCGACCUGCAGAUCAACGGCUUCCUGGACCGGGAAACGACGCCGGCCUACAGUCUGGUGGUGGAAGCCCUGGACGGUGGCAGUCCACCGCUGCGCGGUCAGAUGACGGUCAACAUCACCAUCCAGGACGUGAACGACAAUCAACCGAUUUUCAACCAGAGUCGGUACUUCGCCACCGUGCCAGAGAACGCCACGCUCGGCACGACGGUGCUGCAGGUGUACGCCACCGAUCAGGACGCGGGCGAGAACGGUCAGGUCGAGUACGCCAUCAACAGGCGGCAGAGCGAUAAGGAGCAAAUGUUUCGCAUCGAUCCCGGCACCGGACUGAUCUCCGUCAACAAACCGCUCGACUUUGAGACGCGCGAGCUGCACGAGCUGGUCGUGGUGGCCAAGGAUCGGGGCAUGCAACCCCUCGAGACGACGGCAUUCGUAUCGAUACGGGUGACGGACGUGAACGACAAUCAACCCAUCAUCAACGUCAUCUUUCUGAGCGAUGACGCCACGCCGAAGAUAUCGGAGUCGGCGCAACCCGGCGAGUUUGUUGCCCGCAUCUCCGUCAACGAUCCGGACUCGCGCACCGAGUACUCCAACGUCAAUGUGACGCUGUCCGGUGGGGAGGGACACUUUGGGCUGACGACGCGCGACAACAUCAUCUAUCUCGUGAUUGUUUCGCUGCCGCUGGACCGUGAGAUCAAGCCCAACUACACGCUGAGCGUCAUCGCGACGGACACCGGCAAUCCGCCGCUGCAUGCUGCCAAGGACAUCUUCCUGACCGUCACCGACAUCAACGACAAUGCGCCCGAGUUCGAGAAGGACGUGUAUCAUGCCAACGUGAUGGAGGUGGCCGACCCGGGCACUUCCGUCAUCCAGGUAACGGCUGUCGAUCGGGACGAGGGCAACAAUUCGGCCAUUGUCUACUCGCUGCUGGACACCCCCGACACGCACUCGCACUGGUUUCAGAUCGACAGCCACUCCGGCCUGAUCACGACAAGGGCGCACAUUGACUGCGAAACCGACCCGGUUCCGCAGCUGAUUGUGAUGGCUCAGGACAACGGCCGGCCGCCACUCUCCUCCACCGGUACCGUGCUCGUCACGAUACACGACGUCAACGACAACGAGCCAAUCUUCGACCAGAGCUUCUACAACGUGUCCGUUGCCGAAAACGAAUCCAAAGGACGCUGUAUUCUCAAGGUAUCGGCUACCGAUCCGGACUGUGGCGUUAACGCAAUGGUGAACUACACCCUCGGCGAGGGCUACAAGAAGAACACGGAGUUCGAGAUCCGGCCGAGCACCGGCGAGGUGUGCAUUGCCAGCGAGCUGGACUAUGAGACGCGCAAUUCCUACGAGUUUCCCAUCAUAGCGACCGAUCGAGGAGGUCUCAGUACGACGGCCAUGGUAAAAAUCCAGCUGACCGAUGUUAACGACAAUCGGCCAACGUUUUAUCCUCGCGAGUACAACGUGUCGUUGCGCGAGAGCAUGCCGACGAAUUCGCUGCUUUCUACGCCGGUGGUGGUGGUUGUGGCCACCGAUUCCGAUUCGGGUAGCUUCGGCACGAUCAGCUAUCGCAUAGUGGCUGGUAAUGAGGCCGGCAUUUUCCGUAUGGACCGAUUGACGGGAGAAAUCUUUGUCACGCGCCCAAACAUGCUGUCGAGUCGGACGCAGCCCUACCACAGGCUAAACAUUUCUGCCAGCGACGGUGGUGGCCUCCGGUCGACGCAUGACGCAGAGGUGUUCAUUAGCGUCAUCGAUGCCACGCAGCGACCACCAAUCUUCGACAAACCGCGCUACACUUACUACGUGAAGGAAGAUGUGAAGCGGAACACGGUCGUUGGGACGGUAUCGGCAACAAGCAGCAACUCAGGCAACCGUGGAUCGCUUCGCUACUUUAUCUACUCCGGAGAUCCUGACGGAUUCUUCGCUAUCGAUCCGGUGUCGGGCAACAUUCGGGUGGCCAACGCGCUGGAUCAUGAAACCAAGCCGCAAGUGCUGCUAAACAUCCAAGCCACAAGUGGCGAUCCACCUGCCUACGGUCACACGCAGGUCAAUAUCGACAUCGAGGACGUGAAUGAUAAUCCGCCAGAGUUUGAGUCGAACACAGUGCGCAUCUCUGUGCCGGAGAACGUGGAGAUCGGCUCGCCGCUGUACGAGGCUAAUGCACAGGAUAAAGAUUCAGGCAUGAGUGGUGUCAUCACGUACAAGCUGGCUGGACAGGGCAAUCCACUGAGCGGUGGUGCAAGGUCUGGCUUGUUCAGCAUGGACAGUCGCAGUGGCCAUCUUACCCUAGCUCGACCGCUCGACUAUGAGUCCAUGCAGCGCCACACGCUGGUAGUGACGGCAUCCGACUCUGGAACACCGACGCUCUCUACCAACCUGACCAUUCUGGUGGAGGUGCAGGACGUGAACGAUAAUGCACCCAUUUUCGAGCGGAACGAGUAUGCCAUCACGGUCAUCGAGUCAACGCCCAGCAACUCACAGAUCCUACAAGUCAGUGCGACCGAUGCCGACACGGGCAACAAUGCCCGACUGACGUACAAAAUUCUAGGCGAAGAUCACCAGCGUACCGGCAAGUCGACACAGCCUGCAUCACCGGACGAACCCGUUGCGGAAAUCUUUGGCAUCUUUCCGAACAGUGGUUGGAUCUACCUGCGGACUAAGCUCGACCGGGAAGUAAAGGACCGGUACAACAUUACUGUGAUAGUGAGCGAUAACGGUGUGCCGACGCUUACUGCGACCGCCCACGUGAUCGUCACGAUCCUUGACGCCAACGAUAAUAGUCCCAUUUUUGCGAAGCAUUUGUACGAGUUCGAAAUCGAGGAAAACAUGCGUCGCGGUGCAAUGAUCGGUACCGUCUCGGCAUCCGAUUCCGAUGCGGGAAUAAAUGCUGUGGUGCGAUACAGUCUCAUACCGAGCAACACCAGCUUCCAGAUUAACCCCGUCUCAGGUGAAAUAACGACUCGGGAUUCGCUCGAUCGUGAAACGAAAGCUUCCUACGAUCUGGUUGUGGAAGCGCGCGACCAAGGUACCCCCUAUCGAAGCUCGCGAGUGUCUGUCCAGAUACAAAUUCUGGACGUCAACGACAAUGCGCCCGAUAUUGUCGACCCGCAAGAGGAUGUCGUCAGCGUGCGCGAGGAGCAACCGAUCGGAACCGAGGUGGUGAAAGUCCGUGCGAUCGAUCGCGACCAUGGUCAGAAUGCGUCCAUCAGCUACUCCAUCCUCAAGGGUCGCGAUUCCGACGGGUACGGUAUGUUCUCGAUCGAUCCGGUGAGUGGAGUGAUUCGGACCAAAACGUCGCUGGAUCAUGAGGAGAAAACGAUCUACCGAUUGGCGGUAGCCGCAACGGACAGCGGAAAGCCGCCCAAGCAAACAGUUCGCUUGCUAAGGAUCGAGGUGCUAGAUCUGAACGAUAACCGGCCUACGUUCACCAGCUCCAGCUUAGUGUUUAGGUUACGGGAAGACGUCGGCGUUGGACACAUCAUUGGAUCGAUUAGUGGCAACGAGCAAUCGGACGCGGAAAAUCUCAUCGCGAGCAGCAACGAUUUGCAUAUUACCUACACGCUUACCCCGCUAACGAACGACAUCACCGAGGGCGCCUUUGACAUUGAUCGUAACUCGGGCAAGCUGGUCGUCGCUAGGCAGCUCGAUCGCGAACAGCAGAGCGAGUAUCGUAUGGAGAUACGGGCGCUGGACACGAGCGCUAGCAACAAUCCGCAGAGUUCCGCCGUCACCGUGAAGAUCGAAAUAGCAGACGUGAACGAUAAUCCUCCGAAAUGGCCCAGCGAUCCGAUCAAUGUCUACGUGUCCGAGGACACUCCUGUCGGGGCGAUCGUGUAUAACUUCACCGUGCAAGAUAACGAUACUGGCACCAAUGCGGAAAUUAAGUACAACCUUUCCAAGCCAGCCCAUCUGGCGCAGAAGGAGUAUUUCGCCAUCGACUCGCUUACAGGAUCGCUCACGUUGCUUGCCCCGCUGGAUCACGAGGACACGCAAGAGUUCCUGUUGAUCGUCCAAGCGACCGAUCAGUCAUCGAACGUCACCGAGCGACUAACCACUUCCGCCACCGCACGCAUCAUGGUGACGGAUGUCAACGACAACUCGCCAAAGUUCGUGAUCCCGCAAACGGCAGACGGUGUGGUGUACAUAAGCGAUUCGUUGGAAAUCGACCAGGUCGUUUCGCACGUGGUCGCUAUAGAUCGUGAUAGCGGCGAGAAUGGUCACAUCGCGUACACGUUCGUUGGUGGCAACGAAGACGAGCGAUUCACGAUCGACUCUAGCUCUGGCAUUAUCCGACUGGCGAAGCCUUUCAGCAGCAACUUCAUCAUGGACAGUGGCAAACGCAACUCGGUGAGCGGAAAGUAUCAGCUGGUGAUAGCGGCCAGCGAUCAUGGAUCACCACGACCGCGCGAAGCUAAGAUAACGCUACAAAUCGUUAUCCAGAACAUGACGAACAAUCCGCCACGCUUCGUGGAACCAGUGUACUAUGUCAACAUUACGGAGAACGUUCCGAGCGGCAGUUUUGUGGUGCGCGUCUCGGCCAGAUCCCACUCGGACGCUGGAUCCGGUGGUUCGCUGAAUCUCACCUACGAAAUACCGAAAGGCGUCGGUGAGGACCACUUUGCCGUUGAUCCGGUGCGUGGCAUCGUCACGACGCGUGGCACCUUUGAUCGAGAGUCGAAAGAUCUCUACACGAUACCGAUCUACGUGACGGAAGGAGGGCGCUUUAAGAAAGCGUCAUCGGCUGCAGUCUCCAGCCAGGAGAUGCCUCAGUUUGACGUGGCUACACUUGUCGUGCGCAUCACCGACGUUAACGAUCAUGCACCGGAGUUUGGGCAAGGUUCCUGUUACCCGCUAGCAGUGCCCGAAAAUAGCGAACUCUCGGUCAUCCACACCGUCGUUGCUACCGAUGCAGACGAUGGCCUGAACAGCGAAAUUACUUACAGCAUCUCAGGAGGCAACAUGGGCAACAAGUUCAGCAUUGAUCUGCACACGGGUGCGCUCACAGCUCGUCCACUGGACCGCGAGGUUCAUGCGCGGUACGUCCUGCAAAUUACGGCACAGGAUCGUGGCUCGCCAGUGUCGCAUCAGGGCCACUGCAACAUCACCAUUCGCGUGGAGGACGAGAACGACAACGAUCCUAAGUUUGAGCUACAAAAAUACAUUGCUACGAUCGAUGAAGACGCUCACAUUGGGACGACUGUGCUCACGGUCAAAGCAAUCGAUGCAGACGUGGGCAUCAACGCUCGCAUCGUUUACUCCCUGGCCAAUGUUACCGAAUGGUUGUUCAACAUCGACAGCAAAACCGGAGUCAUCACCACCGCUGGACUUUUCGACCGAGAGCGGCAAAAUGUGUACAACUUCAUGGUGGUGGCGAUGGAUGGUGGACGGUACAAUGCCCGCUCACAAAACGUCCCCGUGCAGGUCAUCAUAGCCGAUGUCAACGACAACAAACCCGUGUUCGAUAAGUACCCGUUUCGGGAGCAGAUCGGAGCGCUCGUGCAACCGGGCCAAACGCUUCUUCACAUCUCGGCCACCGACAGCGAUCAGGGCAGCAAUGGCGAAAUUGUGUACAGUCUGAACGACAACGUCAACAGCAUUGGCAAGUUCCGCAUCAAUCCUACGACGGGUGCGUUGAGCGCCACACAGAGCUUGGCCAGUGAGAAUGGUCGCUUGCUGCACAUUGAAGUUACGGCACGCGAUAAGGGCAAUCCUCCGCAGAUCGCAACCGGGCUGAUCGAGCUACGCGUCGGAGAGGUACAGCAGGAGCUGCCGGUGCUGCGGUUCCAAAACACUUCCUAUCGAGUGAUGCUGUCGGAGAACACACCGGUCGGUCAGCCGGUACUGCAGCUCAGUGCCGUUCGCAGUGACGGCCGUAGACAGAAGAUCAUCUACAGUUUCGGAUCGGGCAACGAGGACGGAACGUUCUCGAUCGACGCCGUGACCGGUGAGAUCAGGAUCCGUAACUCGCACAACCUCGACUACGAACGGUUCAGUCGGCUUAAGAGUGAAGGCAUCGAACUGGUGGCCGUAGCUCGCACGGACGGCACUCCGCUGCUCUACGGAUACACCUCGAUAAUCGUGGAGCUGCGAGACGAAAAUGACAACGCGCCUCGCUUCACGCAGCAACAGUACGCGGCCUCCGUCUGGGAGGGCAACAGCAAGGGCACGUUCGUGAUCAAGGUCGGAGCGUUCGAUUCGGAUCAGGGAGCAAACGCACGCAUCCUGUACCACAUCGUCGAUGGAAACCAUGACAACGCGUUCAUCAUUGAGCCGGCAUUUAGCGGAAUCGUGAAGACAAACAUCGUGCUCGACAGGGAGAUCCGCGACAAGUACAAGCUGAAGGUGAUCGCCACGGACGAAGGCGUCCCGCAGAUGACGGGAACCGCUACCAUCAACGUGAACGUCGUGGAUGUCAAUGACAACCAGCCGACCUUUCCACCGAACACCGUCAUCAGCGUCAGCGAAGCAACAACUGUCGGAACGGUGCUCACCACUAUCACAGCCAACGAUGUAGAUACGAACCCACCGCUGACGUACAGUUUCGCCGAGCUGAACGAUGACGAUGCCACCAGCUACUUCUCGAUCGAUCGCUACAGUGGGAAAAUCAUUCUCAUUCGCCCGCUAGACUACGAGGAUCGGCACGAGUUCCUGCUGCGCUUGCUGGCUUCCGAUUCGGCGCAUGUCGCACGCACAACGCUCACCGUGCGUGUGGUCGAUGUGAACGAUAAUGCGCCAAUCUUCCAGCAGAUCACCUAUCACGCCAUGCUAUCCGAUCCAAAGGACGGAAGCAACACAAACGUGAUGAUCCUUUCGGUCAAUGCCACCGAUGCAGACAGUGAGCCGAAUGCCAUCGUACGCUACUCGAUCGUCUCACCUAAAGGAACAGUCACGACCGGGUUCACUAUCGACGAAUCCACAGGCCAGUUGUUCGCCAACAUUAGCCAGCUCUCAACGAACGGUAUGGGAGGAACGCUUUAUCUUACCGUAGCUGCCACGGACUCUGGCCAACCUGCACUUUCAUCCACCACAACCGUGCGGUUGGAGAUGAAAUCGAAAGGCAAAGUGAACCCACAGUACGUCCAGAGCCAGUACCGUGUAUCGGUUAACGAGGAAGCACUCCCCGGCACGACGGUCGUCAAUUUGAUCCCCAAAUCGGUACUGCAACAGCAGUCCGGUGCAGAGUCGGCAAUUGCAUUCGAAAUUAUCGAUGGCAACCAAGACUCGGUGUUCGACGUGACCUAUCCCGAUGGAGCAAUCGUGCUGGUGGACCGGCUGGACCGGGAGCGUGUGGACUACUACGAACUGAAGCUGGUCACCGUUGAGCCUGGCACUCGACACGUGAACAGACCGGACGCGAGUCUCAGCACGAUCGUGCGUGUGAUCGUUACGGUCGAGGAUGCGAAUGACAAUGCGCCAGAAUUCCAACCGGGCACGUACGAGGCAACGAUAGGCGAGUUGGCACCUAUCAAACAUUCCAUCGCAAAGCUGUCCGCCCUCGAUGCCGAUCAGUCGGGAUCGCCCAGCUCGGAAGUGAUCUACCAGAUAAUAUCCGGCAACGAUAGUGGCAUGUUUUCGAUCGACCUGGUAUCGGGAUUGCUGUACACCAACAAGUACCUGGAUUACGACCACGGCCAGACGCAGUACAAUCUCGUGGUGCGGGCGUGCGACAGUCACUCGGCACCACGCUGCGCAGUGCAUCCGUUUACAAUCGCUCUGUCGGACGAGAAUGACAACGAGCCCCAAUUUCCCGUGCCUGAGUAUUUGGAGUUUGUAGGCGAGAACGAGCCGAUCGGUAUCAGCAUCUUCACCGCACGGGCCACCGAUAUGGAUCGUGGACCGUUCGGUGUUGUGAACUACACGAUCGACAGUGUACUGUCCGGAUCGUACUCGGGGCUGGACGAUAGCUGGAAGCUGUUCAAGGUAGAUCCAACGAGUGGAGUCGUCAACUCGAACGCCGUGUUCGACUACGAGGAGAAGAACCGAUAUGCGUUCGCGCUGCGGGCCACUGACACGGGCGGCAAAUCCAAGACGGUGCGUGUGAAGAUUGUUAUCGAGAGUCGCGAUGAGUUCAGUCCGCAGUUUACGGAGCGCACGUACCGAUUCGUUAUCAAAACGCCCGAAUCGGGCCAGCUGCCCGUAGGGUAUGUGGUGGGUCACGUGACAGCGACCGACCGUGAUCGUGGACCGGAUGGGCGCAUCGUUUAUCAGCUCACGACGCAGCAUCCGUACUUCAAGAUGAACCGUACGACGGGUGCCAUACUGAUCAAGAAGCGACUAGACAACGUGGCCUCCAUGCUGGACGCCGGCCGAGACAUUAGCUUGGUAGUGACGGCAGGCUCCGGCAGGCAGGGAUCGCUCACCAACAUGACCGUGGUCGAGAUAGCGAUCGAUGCGCUGGCCCACCUCAAGGGCAACGAGCUGGGCAGCGGUGCCGGUGGCAGUGGUAGCUACGAAAACUCCCAGUCCGUGUCUGCCGGUGGCGGAUUCGCCAAUUGGGCCGUCGGGCUAGUGAUCUCGCUGCUCCUCAUAAUCAUCGGUGUGGCGUCCGUGUUCCUUUUCUUGCACAUGCGCAACCGACAGCAGAAGCACGUCAACAAGACUGGGCUUAGCUCGGAGUCUGUCGGACACUCGAACAACUACGUCGAUCCGAGUGCGUUCGACACGAUCCCCAUCCGGGGGUCGUCUAGCGGUGCAACAGGAGCCGGUCAGUUUGCACCACCCAAGUACGAUGAGAUACCACCGUACGGGGCGAGUUCAAACUCGGGUGCCGCUACGACGUCCGAGUUGUCAGGUUCGGAGCAGUCGGGAUCGUCUGGGCGCGGUUCUGCGGAGGAUGAUGGUGAGGAUGAGGAGAUCCGCAUGAUCAACGAAGGUGGCCCACUGCAGCGUGAUGGUCUCCAGCUGGACGGUCGCCUAUCGGACGUCUCGGUACAGAACACGCAGGAGUACCUAGCACGGCUUGGCAUCGUCGACAACGGCACGACGGGCAAUGCGUCCAAUUCGUCGCGCCGCUGCUCGGAGAGCAUGGGGCUCGGUAGUUCGAAAGACGCCAUGCUACACACGCUACCGAUCGAUACGCUGCACAUGUUCCACGACGACGAGCACCAUCGCGAGUCGGACCUCACCAAUCUGAUCUACGCCAAGCUGAACGACGUCACCAACAACAGUGAUCGAGCGAGCAGCGUCGACGAGACGGUCACGAAUGCGGGCAGCAUCGGAGCAACGGUCGACCACGUCAUGAUGGGAGGUUACGGCGACGUGCCCGUCGUGGGCAAUCAACAGGGAAUCUCGAUGAACGGUUCCCUCAGCUCGAUCGUGCACAGCGAGGAAGAGCUCACGGGCAGCUACAACUGGGACUAUCUGCUCGACUGGGGCCCCCAGUAUCAACCCUUGGCGCACGUGUUCUCCGAGAUUGCUCGACUGAAGGAUGACACGCUAUCCGUCCAGAGCGGCAACAGCGGAACGUCCAGUGCCAAAAGCAAGAACUCGUUGCAUCACACGGUGAAAACGCUACCACCGCCACUGCUGACGAAUGUGGCGCCACGCUCGAUCAAUGUGCCGGUCUUUGCCGGGCGUAACAACCCUGGCAGUCAUCACGGGGGCGUCCCCAACCAGUACCUGUUGCCCCGCUCGCCCAUUAGUCAUGAUUCGGCCGCCGGCUUCAGCACCUCCUCAGCCAUGUCCCCCAGCUUCUCGCCGUCCCUUUCGCCGCUAGCGACACGAUCACCCUCGAUCUCGCCGCACGUAGUCUCGACGGGGAUGCCGACGUCCCACCACAUGGUUUCGCUGCCUCGACCUCCACAACAACGAGGGCCCGCCGGCCAGAGGAAACCCUACUGACACGUUUCCCUGUCGACGCGAACCAAAUUCCCCCCUUCGGAUGGCUGUGUAGGUCUAAGGUCCCUUCCCCAAACAGAGCAGAAGUAGUAAGCAAAACCACAAGCUCCCGUCGUCGAACGUAAUACGCGCUGCACGCCUUGUACAUACCACAUCCGACUUCCUGUGCAGCGACACGUUCGGGACAGCCGAUCAACCGAUGAGAUUGUAGUGAAAUUAUUUCCCCUGAACACGCAGGACGAGACAGGUACAUGAGGAGACUGUAUAUACUAGAUAAGUGUAAGUGAAAACGAUCGCCGCCAGUUGAACGUAGGUGCGUCGGUUUUGCGUCGUUUUAAUGUCCGUCCCCAAAUUCAAAGCACCGUUUUAAUCGUUAGCCGUAAGCGUGUACAGGUGUAGUGGUUACAGUACUGUAAAUACUCUCAGCGGAAAGUAGCUCGGCAAACGGGGACAGCCGGUAGCGGCACUGCGCUUGCACCGGGCACUCGUUUGCCGCUUGUAAAUGCCAGAGAACCUAGCAGGUAGUGCACAGGCGCAGCGAGCAGUAGUAGAUAGUGAAGCGUACGUAGGAUUAGCGUAGGACAUCUAGAUUCGCCCUUGGGAGGCCACUUUCAAACGAAUCACACAAGACUGCAAGCUUUAGGGCUGUAUCCCAUUUUAAGUAAUUGGCAAGUGUUUUAAUUAUUGGUUAACGAGUAGUGAAGGAAAGCCGGAACUCCCAUCAGCUCCCAUCGCCGGCGAAUAGUCUGCAUUUACUUACAUUGCGCUCGUGGGCUUUGGCACGAGUCCGGAGUGGCGUUUUUAAACCUAUUUUAAUGUGUCGUUUUUAACCAAGCUGCCCCGUCCCUCGGGUGUGGUGCCCGUGGGUUCGUUAGCAAAUCAGCAACCGCGUCUACCUAAGCCUGUAAACGUUAAGGACACCAAAUUUAGCUCCGUGCGAUCACGUGGACAGCAUGGCGGCACGCUAGUUUUAUUGCAACUGUUAGGAGCAAAAAUAGAGAGCAAAAUUUUAGAAAAAAACCGUCCGGUUCACGAGAGAAAGCCCAACCACCAACAAGCCACAAACAAGCAACUGCGCAACUGCCAUAUGUUAGAGAAUGGAACGGUGGAACGGAAGUAGGCCGGUGUGAGUGUUAGGAGCGUUAGAGGCGACAGUGUUUAUAAUGCAAAAAAUGUGUCUGUAGGUGUAGUUUAGGAGAAAUAAACAUAUGUUUUAUACGAAAAAUAA